ACUCUUUUAUGAACGACUCAUCACUACUGCUUAAUCAACAGUAAGAGUCGAGAGACGCAGGAUGGAGGGACUGUGAAGUUGAGUCAGACCUGUUAGCUGAAGUUUUACAAGAAAUAACAAGCAGCACAGGUCUGUCGUACUGCAGAAAAGGAAAAGAAAGAGGAAGGAUAGUUUUGCUUUCUGUAAUAUAGUGUGUUGGUGUGAAACCGGAUUAUGGAGGCAUGGAAAAGUCACGUGAGAGCAGCACUGAUCCAUAGGGACUACCUCCAGAAAGAUCCCUUCUCUGGACUCUUCACUAAAGUGUCUAGAUUAGAAGAAAUGUUAAAUCUACACAUGGGUGUAUGGGAGGAUUUGGAGAGCGACAGAACACAGAGUCUGAUAAUGUCUUGUUCCUGGAGUCCAAAUCCAAAUGGAGUAGUACAACAUCCACUUGAGGAGAAAAAUGCACCGAAACACUAUCUGCAACUCAAAGAGGAAGAGCAAGUCAGACAAAAGCUUGCCCAGAAAGUCUCAGACUUGACCAGUAAUCUUUACCUAAAGGAAGCAGAACUGCAGUACUGUCAUUCACAAGUAAGCCACUACCGCAACGAAGCUGUGCUCUUAGGCAGAAAAGCCAUUUGUCUUAAAAAUGAUCUGUUCGAGUACGAGUAUAAAUUGGAGUGUCAAUCAAAAGAGUUGGCUACAUUGCAAUUGGAGCAGAGGACACUGAAAGGGGAGCUGGCACUCGCACGUCAGGAGAAAGAGGAGCUACUGGAACGCUGGUUGGAGGAGAAAAGAGAGGAGGCAGAGCGAAUGAAUAAGUACAAUGCUGUGCUGGAAAGGUGGCAGAAUUAUGCUGGUCGACUGAACAGACGUCUAUAUUCUGGGCCUCAUCGGCAAACACAGCCAACUACGAACAGCAACUGACCAACCAGUCACGAACCAUAACCAAUUGUUUUCACUGAUUUUUACUUUUUAAUUCGUGUUUUUAAAAUGGGAUUUUCAAACCACUCUGUGCAAUAAACUUUCUAAAAAUUUUAGAA